AUGAUUCCAGUGGAAACUUCGGUCAGAUACGGUCAGGGCUCUCUGGCCACGCAUGUUUCUGUGCAAGUCGAGAACCUGGCCGCAAUUCCUGCUUCGAUUGACGCAAGUCUGAGCUCAGAGGAAGCGGCCGGCCUGCCGCUCGUAUCAACAACAGCGCUGCACCUAGUACGUAAGGCUCGUGCCGGCAACAAGGUUCUUGUCCUCGGCGGCAGCACGAGCGUCGGACUUAUCUUGCUGCAAAUGCUCAAAGCCGAGGGUGCAGGACACAUAGUCGCGACUGCAAGCGGAGUCAAGAAGGACACAGUCAAGGCACGAGGAGCAGAUGAGAUCAUCGACUAUCGUGAAGAGGACGUUGUGCAGACACUCAGACGCAAUCACUCAAGAAAGCAGUUCGACGUAAUUCUCGAUACUGUCGGCGACUUUGCCGUCUUUGGCGCUUGUGCAGCCUAUCUGAAGGAGAGCGGCGAAUACGCUAAUGUUGGCGCUUCUGACAUGAAGCCAGACGGAUCUAUUUGGUCCAGCUUGUCCUUCUUGCGCAACCUUGGUUCCCUCUACCUACCUUGGUGGCUGGGUGGCGUGCCUCGUAAAUCGAGUUGGGGCGAAUUCGUUCGUGGUGCUAUGCCCGAAGUCACUGACAGGUAUCUGGUCACCAACAUAGUGACAUGUCCGAUUGACUCAACAUUUACCUUUGACGAUGCACCCAAAGCAUACGAGCGGCUCAUGACAGAUGACGACAAAGAUGACGACGACAGCUUUGACGACCGCUCCAUCAGCGAUGAUGGUGGAGGCCUCGCCGACGGCUCAUCGGAUGGUAGCUCCAGUGCUAGCUCUGGCGAUUCGGCCGACGGACUUGCCGAGGCGCUCUCGGGCGGUUCGUCGGACGACAAGUCGAGCGACAGCUCCACCAACAGCUCUAGCGAUGCCCAAGGACCCGUUUCGGGGCGUUAG